AUGGCGAGCGGCCGACUCAGUCCCAUGCGGCCACUGCUCUCUGGUCAUGCCCGGACCGACUCACAGGCUUCGGACAAGACCUUGACUCCUUCUUCAUAUCAUGCGACGGACCCCCUCUUGAGCAGCCUGUCGCCGGAAGCAACCAUCGCCGCACUGUCAUCGACCGACCUUGUCCCGACCACCGAAAAGACUGCCCAUGAUAUCCUGUGGAAGAGCAUCUCCAAGGUCUCCGCGGCUGAACGAGCUCUGGGGAUACGCGCCGCAAUAGCCGCCCAGCAGCUGAACCGGUGGUACAAGGAGGUUCAGGAAUGGCAAUGGCCGAAGGGGACAGACGCCCAUUUAGGGAAAGGGUUUGUCCCUCCUCCUCCUUCUUCUUCUUCUCCUCCUCCCUCCACCACGGUAGAUGUGCACAGGGACUAUUAUGGGAGCCUUCCGGCAGAGGUGGUGGAGCAACACGAAAAACGGGUCGAGGAGAUCCGAGACGGCAUGGACGGUUUAAAUGUGGAGGAGUUGAAGGAGCACGUCCUCAAUGCCCACAUUCCUGCACGCUCGCGCCCUUCCUCCUCCACCAGCACCAUCUCGGUCCCUCCCCCACUCAGCUAUGUCCAAUUGAGCGACUUUACCGCCAUCAUUACCGCCACCAUUCUCCGCGCCCUGCCUUUCUUAUCCCGUUUGAACCGGCUCCUCUCCACCUGGGACGUCCGCCUUCUUGUCCUGCGUCAGAUCCCAGGCCUUCUACACGCCCUGAAAUUCGCUAGAGCGGCUCUUGAUUCCUCAUUUGCCUCCAUCAGAUCACCCAACCCACCGUCAGAAAAUGACGACUGCUAUUCUCGGGUCACCUUCCACGCUAGGCGGGCCGAAAUGGAAGCCAUGGUGGUUGCCACCGGCCGUCGCAUGGAUAGGAUCCUAGACUCGCUCGACGGCCGUGAAGACGCCCUACCGGAGGCAUGGAUCGACGAUCUAGAAGCCAUUGAGUCCGAUUUCAGUACUUGGGUUGUCGAAGCUGAACGCCAGACUGUGGAAAACGAGUGGAAGCGCUUCAAGGCUCCCAAGAAAGAGGAAAACAUCCAACAACGGCCGACAACGGAUCCGGUCAUCAAGCCCGUUGACCAGGAACCUGAAUCUGUAGUCAACAAUGGAGGCUCGGCUCCGAGCAAAUCAAUUAUUGACCAGAGACAGCCCAUUCACUCGUUGAUGGAGACUAUCGAUGAAGAGGAACCGUCUGAAGUCCCUCGGCCGUCUGAUACUGUAGAACCUUUGGCAGACACCACGCUGCCUGCCUCAGGGUACUCUUCAGAAAAUGAGCAUUCAGACUCAACAGAUGUCUCGACAGAUGCUGUCAAAGAUAACAAUGAUAGUUGUGUUCUCCUGGAGCAAGAGACCGAGGUUUUAUUACCGCCGUGUGAAUCACAAGCAAAUCCAGCAUCCAUCACUACAAGUCUCGAACCUGAAACUGAACCUGAAACUGAACCUGUGGAGCGGCUCGACGUCCCGACCUUCAAUCCGGAGACCGUCAAUCCGGAGGCCUGCCAAGCGGAGACACCCAUCAGCGGCGAUCACACGGAAGCAAAAUCUCCGAUAUCAAUUCAAAUCGACCACCCUCUGGUUGAGGAUGAUACAUCUCCCCAGGAUCCGGUCGAAACAUCCGAGUCUCUGUCUUCGAAGAAUAAUGGCGAAGCAAGCAGCUCCAGUGACGAGUCCGAAGCUCAGAUAGUACUCGACAGUAAACUGGAAUCUACUACUCGCUCUUUGGCCAGACCUGCGAGUCCUUCAAAGAUCGAGUCGAAUCUUAUCGAAGUAACUGUCGAAACAUCCCCGACUCUGCCUUCUCCAACAGUAGAGCAUCCAGUCAUCCAAGACGAGGUUCUUUUACCUCCACCUCCCUCUUCCAGUCACCAGCUACAAUCUACCACUGAUUUGGUUGAGCAAAAAAGUACGGACUGCGUCAUUGAGACCACAACUCCAGCUAGAUCGAUCACCAAAGCGACACCCGAAUCAACACCCACAAAUAGUGUCAUCAUCCAUACGGAACAUCGGCCUUCCAGUGCAGCCUCGGAAAAGCUUACCAACUUUUCAUCAACAUCAACAUCUCCACCUCCCUCUUCACCGGAGCAGGUACAGCAGCAGCAGCAACAAUCGAAUGUCUCUGUUUCAUUCAUUCCUAGUGUAGAAACAACGAGCAAGGAGCCGGAGCCUCCCUCCCACGCCGAAGAUGAGGUCAAAUCUGUUCCAAGGCAACCUCUGGAGAGUCCAAUCAAGCUGUCACGAGGCCGGCUCGGACACUUAGAUCUCAAAAAGGGACCCAGGAAGACCCAUCAUCGCCGACAUGUCUCGGAUGGCUCUGCAGAUUCGCUUAGUUCCGAUUACCCAUCACUCAUCUCCAGUCCUGAAGUUCGCGAAACGGGGACCGCCUCCUCCAACGCGACUCCGUUGCUUCUGGAAACGCCACCCCACUUCCAAAUGGAUUGCAUCACUCCACCGAAUGCAGACCAUACACUGCGGGAAGACCGUUUACUUCACCUGAACAGUCAUCAGAAAACGUCACCCCGUUCAUCCUUUAAACACAGCCGCACCGUCAGUCUGCCACUUCAACGAUUCAUCAACGAGAGAGUGGACUUCCCUUUUGCAGAUGAACAUGCGUUUGACUCGGGCCACCCGAACCCUCCAACAAGGGAAUCAGCUACGUCGGCUGAAAUAGGUGUAUCCCAUUCUGAGCAGCACGUUAUUGGCUCUCCCGCAACUAUCAAACAACCUAGCCCCGAGAAUAACGUCUCCCUGCAUUCUCCAGAUCAGCAACAAAGUGGCCCCGAUCAGCCCGCCGAAGAAAAUAGCGUUGUUGAAAACACCGGCACAGAUAUUCAUAGUUCUGCCGACGUCCCUUCCUGUACCGGGUCACCGAGACUUCUCUUGGAACCCCCAACAGUAAGAAAACGGAUGAUGACUCGCCGCAGUAUGGAAGGAUUGGGGUUGUGGAAAGAAGAGACACGUGGUGCUCGACCUGAUUCCGGAGCAUCCACGCCCGAGUUCAAACUAUCUGCGCCACCGAGGAUGGCUAAGAAGCCUAGAGAUCAGCUCGAUGAGAAGAUCAGUUCGAUUCUCAAUACGAUCCCUGCAAACAUUGAACUGGUGGACCCGUCAGUUCAUGACCUCGAUGGGUCCUCCAUGGUCUCCUCUCUGCCAACAACGAGGCGGGAGAGAUUCCGCUCGGCGUCUAUACAAGGAACACCGACACGCAGUAAUACACCAACUCCUUCGAUUACCCUCAUGCCCGCAGUUUCGCGCCGGAGACACUCUCACGCGUUCGCUACCGAAGAUAGUUCAGUGAAGCUUUAUCAUCUCCAUCGCAGCGGCAAAUCUGUGCCGCAGAAGCUCUUCAUCCGCACCGUUGGUGUAAAUGGCGAGAGGGUCAUGGUUCGUGUUGGGGGCGGUUGGGCCGACUUGGGCGAGUAUCUAAGGGAAUAUGCCAUUCACCACGGCCGGCAGAAAGCGACCGAGGCGCCUCAAGUCGAAGUACAAGGUCUGACGCCUCAGGAUUCCCCGGUCUACUCGUCUCCCGGGACAGCACUCACUCCGACGACGGCGGCAAGGCGCUCGCCUCCCUCUCGGCCCUUGUCUGUAAUGAGUUACCGACCCGCUUCUUCGCUUGCAGUUCACAGGUCUCGCCGAGCUUCGAAUGUCUCCGAUAUGUCGGAUUUCAGAGACAUCAAUCAUGACCACCACGCGUCGAACGGCUCCAUUUCUCCUAUGUCCAGCGCUGUGUUCCCAGCCUCCCGACGCCGGCUUUCGGUGUCAUCGAACCAAUCCAUGACCUCGUUCAUGAGUGAGAGCCAUGCUGGACCCUCUGUUCCCCUUGGAUUAGCAGGGCCCCUUCCUCGCUCGCGAAACGUUUCCAUGACGCCCGAGAGUGAGGCGUGGGUGGAAGAUGUGCUCGGACAAGCGCGAAAGAAUGCCUCCCUCAAACCGAAUCGAUAUGCCAGUCUCACCGUGUCCGACCGUGACCUUAACGGGCCCAAGACCAUCUCCAAGGCCCGAAGUGUCAGUGACAUGGGCACCGUUGGCUUGAGUAAACGAGUCGCCUUGCGCGGACUCGCUAACCGGAAGCUUUAG